CCGUAGGUACGUUACGGUGUGACGUCGCAGCAGUGCUUGUGACUUGCGAAAUGCAGUAAGGAGCUGUUCUGAGAAAACAAGUCUCAUUAUCUGAGCAUUUUGUGCUUAAAUAAAAUCUAAACAUCGACAAGCAAGAACACAUCGACAACUUCCGGCUGGAAACUACCACGGCAGCCGACAUCCACCUCAUGAAAUGCAGCACUCGGUAGGAUGAUCAGCAAUCAAGAAGAAGAUGAGUUUGUUGCAGUGCGGGUCCAAGAUCCCCGCGUACAGAACGAAGGCUCGUGGAAUUCUUAUGUGGAUUAUAAAAUAUUCCUACAUACCAACAGUAAAGCCUUCACAGCCAAGACGUCGUGCGUGCGUCGGCGUUACAGUGAGUUCGUCUGGCUCAGGAAGAAGCUUCAGAAGAACACUGGUUUGGUGCCAGUCCCAGAGCUUCCAGGAAAGUCUUUUUUCUCCUUCAGCAAUGAGGACUUCCUGGAGAGAAGAAGGAAAGGACUUCAGGCCUUUUUGGACAAUGUGGUGAACAUGACAGUAUGUCUGUCAGACAGCCAGCUCCACCUCUUCCUGCAGACUCAGCUGCCAGUCGGUCACAUCCUGGACUGUGUGCAGGGCCACACUCCCUACUCCGUGACGGACGCCAUCCUCACCUACGCCUCGUCCAAUCGGGGCUUCGCUCAGGCUCAAGAGGACGAUUCCAUCAAGGAGCCAAGUUUGACUAUUUCUUAUGAGUCCAUGGAGAGCCCAGCUCCUCAUCAACCUUGCCUACAACCUAAAGAGAGCUUCAGCCCUGAGCUUUUGCCCUGUAAUGACUCGGACCCUCUUGAAGGUUUGCUGGAGGUCUGCGAUGAGGACACAGUUGAGUUACAGAACAAGGAGAAAUCCUCAGUAAGGGUCCUCCAGAAAAACAAUCAUCUAGAGGCCGUUGUUAUGGACCCUGGCCCGACAGAGGUGACAUUUUUUCUGGGUGAAAGCCAAGAUGUUGCUGAGAGUCUCAGCCCUGCAGAACAGACCCAGCAAAGAUGCUGUCAGAUACAAACACCUGUGGAGGUGCACUCGCCCAUGGGGCCUGACUUCGAGGAGAACAGGUUGGACAGCUUGUUUGAGGGGCGUUCAGCAAGAGAGGAGAGCGUUACGACAUUAGAUACAGAAGAAGAAACUGUUCCUCAUCCAGACACAGAGAAAAAAGCUGAUCAAUGGGAAAGUUCAGUGGAGGCAAAGACGGAAAAGGUUUUAGAAAAUCAUGUAACCUCGGAAGUUAGUGCUAUCAACGUGUUUGAGACCACCGAGGUUCAUGUUGAAGAUGUCAGCUGUCCGGAGCGGUUUAAGAACUCAGACGAACACAAAGAGCCAGACAACGAAGAAAGUGAUGAAUCUGAGAACAAAGAGGAGACGCCACAUCAGUCAGAAAUCCAUGAAGACACCCACAAUGUGCACAGUGUCCCAGAGGUGCAACACAGCGGUGAUGACACUGUUCAACAAAUGGACCAAGUUGAACAGGAAGAGGAUCUGGUUAGGACCAAAGAGGACAGUGACGAGGACAGCCACUCAAUUUCCAAUGAGAGCAUCGUCAAAGUCAGCGAUGAAGAAAGCAUUUGUGAAGAGGCCGAGGACUCAAUCCAGGCUGCAAUUGGCUACAUAAAGACGUCUCCUGAGGAGGUCACUCACUGGUCACAUGUCGAUGCCUCCAGUAGAAACAUUUUGGACCUACACAUGAAUGGAUGCCCUGUGGAAAAAGAGGACAUUUCCGACAGGGAGGACGAGGACCUGCAAUACAUUAACAACAAGAGUGACUUGAAUAAUUUUCUGGAUUUGAACUCGACUGUAACUGGUGUAGAUUUGACUGAAAAUAGUGACUUCAGCAUCUUAGAGAGCAGCUGCACGCCUGGAUUAGCUCAUAGUAAAUGUAUGGAGCAGGAAACCUUGUCCUCGCUGUCUUUGGACGCCUCUGAGGAGACUCACGAGGUGGAGGUGCAUUACUUAGACAGCUGAAUGGCACAACAUAGGGGGGCUGCACACUCACAGAGUCAGAGAAAUGGAUUGUGGGAGUUGUUGUCUGCCAAAGACACAUUUGAUCGUACGCACAUACAUAAAACAUCUGCUCAUUAUAUACCAUCGACACAAUGUAGAUGAUCCGGUCUGUCACACGUGUUGUAGGUUAAACUUUUUUUUAACAGUGUAUGUUUAAUUUUAAACUGUGCAUCUUCAUUUACACUCAGGUGAGCUAAAUAUUGGCACAGUUUUUCUCCUCUGCCAUGGAUGAUGAUUUGCUUUUUGGGAACAGCAGAGGGUGCUCAAGUUAACAAAAGCAUACAAGCAUCUUAGGGUUGAUUUACUCGUAUGCAAAAGAGCUGAAGGUUUUAUGUUUAAAAUGUGAUUUUACAUACGUUCAUUUUAAGUUUAAUUUUAUUGCUCUGAAAUUUAGUCUUGUUAUACUUUAUUACAGAGACAAAUAAUAGAAAUAUACACUUGAAUUAAAUAAUGAAUUUACCUUUUUUCAAGUGUGUAGUAACACUCACUUCUGUAUGCACUUUUAAAGAGUUUGUGAUUGCUGUAAUUGAGCCUAUUAAAAAAGAAAAUCCAAAUCUACAGUCAAAUGCUUUUUGUUGCUUAAAGGGGCUGUACUCGAUAUUCAGAACAUUAAUAUAGCAGCAAACAAAUAUUUGCUAUGUAAAGAUAUAGUGAAGUAAUGGCGUCCUGAGCAGAUAAUGAAGUCACACUUUCUCUGUGUGUUGUAAUCGGAGUUUCUUCAUCUUCGUUUUGAUAGCCGGUCCGGCUGCGCAUGCGAGUGCCUUGUGCGACGGUAUCAGACGCUGAGGGCCGUAACAAAGCGCCGGCAUUGGAUGAGUUGGGGAACGAUAUGCGAGAGCCAUGGCGAGGCAAGCCCAGACCCCUUUUUGUUUCUCAAUACCAGGUACAGACCCUGUAAGGCAUAGUUUUUUUUUUUUUUUUUUUUUUUCUAAAAUCACAGCCUACAUUUAAAAUGUUUAGUUCUGUGAGCACAGGCCUUCAUUCCAGUUACCAUGGUAUGAAACUUGAUGUCAAGAUCGUUUUCACACACUACUGCUACUGCUUGGUAUUCUAAUUAAUUUUGUUGCAUUGUUUAAAAAAGGGGCCCUGAGGUUAUUGUGCCGUUGGUCGUUGCACAUAGCGAUGAGCCUCGUCACUCAUCCUGUGUCACAGCUGUGGAUCUGGUAGGUGGAUUGUAGUACUGGGUUUUGCUUUCUCUCUACACUGUAAAUGAGUAGUAGUAUUAUUUUGCAAAGUUGCUUUUAAGUUUUUUUUUAUUUUUUAUUAAAAGAAUGUCCCCUCUUCAAUGAAGACCUAUUUUAUAACGUGGAUCUACAGAGGCAACGAUAACCUGAGUGACUGUCCAUGUAAAUCUAACUUUAUUUCAAAUAAAUAGUUUUUCUUCUUUACUGUGUUA